AUGGCUGCCAGGCGCCUCUUCAGUGCUACCUGCACGUGGGCCAGCUGGGGGGCUCGGACACUUCUAGGCCCUGCCGCUCCUGGAAGACUCCUGAUCCGAGAUUAUGCCAAGAAACCAGUCAUGAAAGGAGGCAGAGGGGGUAAAGGUGGUGUAGCCAGUGAGAGCCUGAAGGACCCUGAUGUGUGCACGGACCCUGUCCGGCUCACCUCGUAUGCAAUGGGCGUCAACAUCUACAAGGAAGGCCAAGAUGUGGCCCUGAAGCCAGACGCAGAAUACCCCGAGUGGCUAUUCCAGAUGAACCUGGGGCCCCCCAAAAAGCUAGAGGAGCUGGAUCCUGAGACACGGGAGUAUUGGCGGCUGCUGCGAAAACAAAACAUCUGGCGCCACAAUCGCCUGAGUAAGAACAAGAAGUUCUAGCAGGGACAGGCCAGAGCACCCUGAAGGAGGGCCCAGUGGGACACAGUAUCCUACCCCCACCACCGAGGACUUUUUGCUUUUCUGGAAAAAACGUACUUGAGGUUUC